AUGCACGUCUCCAAGCUUCUUGUCUUUGGCACCAUGUUCCUGGCUGCCGAUGCCUUCAGAUGCGCUGUUGGCCAGCAAGGCUCAUGUACUUUCGUCGAGUCUAAUUCCAAACAACAUCGUUGUGCUAUCAAAUGCGACUACAAAGGCAUAUAUGCUCAAUGCAACUGCCCCAAGUACUACCCACGAAACAACAAGAAAUGGCCUUAUGGAGGAAAGCAUGCUUGCAUUUCUACUCCCCAAUACGUCGACCGCUUUAUGCAUGGAGCUGGAAACCUUGAGGCUACUUGGAGCGACGGGGUUGUUGAUGAUGUGGCAGAGCAGGAGGAGCCUCAGGAUCUUCUGGAAAAGCUCAAGGAGGAAGCGUGUCGAUAA